AGUAACGUUGGUCUACUCCUGUCUUAAAAUAUUUUUCAAAAUCGUCUAAAAAACUUGCAGGUAUCUGAAUCUAACGGUCAGCAUAGAUUGUUAGUAAAUAAAUGAGAUUAUCUGGCCGUACGAAGGAGCUGGGGCAAAGUAUCUCCGGUCCAUGCGGGAAUUUGAUAUAGUGAAGAGGUUAAAGGAUUCCCAAAAUUAGCAAGCACUUCAUGCAUUGGAGCUCGGGCUCAGUAUUUCCCUGCGUACAUAGAUUCUGUAUGUGCUAGCUAUGCGGACUCCUCUGGUUACUGCUGCUCCAAGGCCAUAGAGAUGAAAGAUUUUAGGGAAUUGAAUAAUAUACAGAGAUUUUUUCAGAAGCUUUUUUGAUUUGUUAUGGUGGGGGUUUGAAGAUUUGCGGGUGUUUAGGGCAGAAGAGAUGGAAGACGGGUGGGUUGAGGACCCAGAUUACGAGUUCUCGGCCCCUCAUUAUUUUGAUUUUGUGAGAGGCGAGACAGAGGAGGAGGCGGAGGACGCCCAGAACUGGUUUCGCACUGCUGCAACCUAUCCGGCAUCGCCUUAUGUGGCCAAGAUUAAAGAAAGGGAAACAUUAUCAGAUGAGAUAAAAGAAAGUCUUGAUGAAGUCAAAGAUGUUGGGCAUGAGCAUCCUGAUACCAAUAUGGAUAUCAGUGUAUUAAAUUUUGAUGAUCUCACAUCCAAUCAAAGAGAAGACAUGACUGAAGAUAUGGAGAUUUGUACUCCUAGAGGACAAGUUAAUGCAAUUUUUUCUCAAGAGACUGUUAAAAGGGUUCCUCCCUUCUCCAGCAAGUCAACAUUAACAAAACCUACAGCAAGCCACUUGGCAAAACGAAUUGAUUCCAGUGUACGUGGGAGAAGAGAUGUCAAAAGUAUGAAGCAAGUCAAAGGAAGGUGCACUCCAACUGUUCUAGUAAAUAAAGAAAAAGUAGUUGAGAAGAGCACUGCAGAAGAAAACCAAGCUGUGAAAAGGCAAAAACUUGAUGGAGGUCGUUUGCGGCAGAUACAUAAUGUGAAAGAACAGGUGUUGCCUCACAAGGUUUCAUCUGCUUUAUCUGCGACCAAGGAGAAAUUUGUGUGUGCUUAUAACGAGAGAGGUUAUACUGCAUCUUCCAAGGGGGACAGUGUUGAUGGAGUUUCCCAUCCGGUCCAGUUGAAGCUAACUGUGCCAAAGGAGCCUGCAUUAGUGACAGCUCAGAGAAGUCGACCUGUAAGGGUGAAGAGUACUGCAGAAUUAGAAGAAGAGCUGCUUGCAAAGAUGCCAAAGUUCAAAGCCCGCCCGCUGAAUAAAAAGAUAUUGGAGGCUUCAUCCCUGCCCUUGCCACCAAAGAGUGUUCCACAGUUGCCCGUGUUUCAGGAAUUUAAUUUGAAGACAUCAGAAAGGGCUAUGCAACACUGUCCAGCAACUUCAUCACUGUCAUCAUCCACAGAUUCAGUGGGGAUUACAGAGAAACACCAUCUUAAAUCCGCAGUUGGAGGUGGUCUAACUGAACCCAGAAUGCCACACUUGGAAACUGCUUUACGGGCACGCCCACCGAAGGUCAAGAGCUCAGAAGAAUUGCAGAAAGAAGAGCUGGAAAAUGUUCCAAAGUUCAAGGCGAGGCCACUUAACAAAAAGAUAUUCUCCAGCAGAGGAGACCUAGGUGUAUUUCGCCAUUUUAAGCGCCAAGUUACAAAACCUGAGGAAUUCCAUUUUAAAACGGAUGAGCGUUGUCAUGCUUCUCCUGCUCCGGCUGAUCUCUUUAUGAAGCUUUCGUUGAACUCUGAACCAUCUCAUGAUACCAUUGUUCGAUCAACCAAACCUAAACCUUUCCAUCUUCUCACAGAGGAACGGGGGGCUGAAAAAGAGAGAAAAUUAAUGCUGGAGUUGCAAGAGCAGGAAAACAAGGAAUACGAGGCUCGAAUUCCAAAGGCUAAUCCAUUACCUUAUACCAUUGAUUUUCCGGUUAUACCACCAAAGCCAGAACCAAAGGAGUGCACUAAACCAGAACCUUUUCAGCUUGAGAGCUUAAUGAGGCAUGAAGAAGAACUACAGCGAAUGAUGGAGGAGAGGGCAAGAGCUGAGAGGGAAGAAGCUGAAAUGAGAAAGUUCCGAGCUCAACCUAUUAAGAGCAAUGUCCCUGUACAUAUUCCUGAAGUGCCUAGAAUGCCUCUUACAGAAGUACAAGAGUUCACAUUCCAUGUGGAUGCUCGAGCUGCUGAGCGAAUGGAAUUUGAUAAGAAGGUAUUAGAGAAACAAAACAUGUAUAAGAGAUACAGAGAAGAGUAUGAAGCUGCAAAGAAGGCGGAUGAGGAGCGGGAGAUUAAAAUUAUGCGUAAGGCUAUGGUUCCUCAUGCACGGCCAAUGCCACAUUUUAGCAAGCCUUUUGUUCCAGAGAGGUCAUCCAAGGACCUGACAGACCCAAAGUCUCCAAAAUUUUGUGUUCUUCAGCAUAAAUAUGAUGGCUGGCUAUCAACACUGAGUACACAGAAAAGGUAAAGACGCUAUUUAAGUGCAGACACAAAGCCCACACUAUUCUUUGCAAAUUUUUGUCUGGAAAGACAUCAAAAACCUCAAAAUGAGCAUCAUCAUUUGUAAUCAUAUUGAAUUUGUAGAGUGCAUCGAUUGAUUGCUUAUGUAGAUUAAAAAACAUGUAAUUGUAAGAUACACAUCAUUGUAAUGAUAUAUUUGGGAUGGAUCAAUCUAUUGUAAUGCACAAGAGUGCAUAUGGGCCAUUCCAAAUACAAAGAGACGGCAAGGGAGCAUUCACAUUCACUAUCAUUCACUGCAUGAUAAAAGCUUGUAAUCACAAGAUGUAAUUCAUUGUAAUCAUGUUCGGAAGAAAAA